AUGUAUUUUGAAACGUACAAGAAUACGUUUGCAGUUGAUGUUCUGGAGAAUCUAGGCAUAGUUCGCGUUGGGAACUGCACUUUUCCGACGUCAGAGAAAAUCAGCGACCUGGAGGAUGACCCCAAGAAAUUUGACGGUGCCGAGAGUCCGGGGGAAUCUUUUGUAGAUCCUUUUCUCGUGGAAUUCAAUGGACCGAGCGAUCCCGAACAUCCCCACAACUGGUCCACUGCAAAGCGUUUUGUCACCGUCUGUAAUAUAAUGCUUCUAACCUGCGUCACUUAUAUGGGUACUUCUAUAUAUACCCCCGGCCAAGACCUAAUUCAGGAUGAGUUUCAUGUGAGUCACGUCGUUGGCACACUCAACCUAUCCUUGUACAUUUUGGGUUUUGGAUUGGGCCCAUUGGUAUUUGCGCCACUCUCUGAAUUUGUCGCCAUUGGCCGCCAACGGCUGUUUAUCGUAACCUUGUUUGUUUUUGCGAUGCUCCAAAUAGGCUGUGCUUUAGUUCAAGACAUCGCUGGUUUGAUUAUUCUGAGAUUUCUUGCCGGUGUGUUUUGCUCGCCAUCAUUGGCCAAUGGGGCAGCAGCCGUUGGAGACGUUGUGAAACCCCAGCAUGUUCCAGUCGUUCUUGGCUUAUGGGCAAUUGGGGCCCUGGCAGGGCCUGCCACAGGGCCACUGCUCGGAGCGGCUAUGAUUCAAGCGAAGGGAUGGCGGUACAUGUUUUGGAUAUUGAUGUGGAUCAGUUCCGCCGCAUUGUUGUUGCUGGUUUUCUUUUUCCCUGAAACCAACGAGGACAACAUUCUAUACAGAAGAUGCCAAAGAAUAAGGAAAUCGACCGGGGACAGCAGAUAUUACACCUUGAAGGCGAGAGAUGAGGAGAAGCUAACGUUCAAAGAUAUCUGCAUUACUACUUUGUACAGACCAUUCCAGAUAAUUGCUAGAGAGCCGAUUGUUAUCGCGCUAAACACAUAUCAUGCCGUUGAGUAUGGUGUUUUCUACUUGUUUUUCGAAGCUUUCCCUAUUGUCUUUUUAAAUGUCUACCAUUUUACCAGAGUUCAAUUGGGAUUAUCAUAUUUGGGAUUUUGUGUUGGUUGCCUUACUGCUUAUGGUGUGGCGAUGAUUUUCUUUUGGUGCUAUGCUACUAAGAAGAUUGCUGCAAACACCUUCACCCCGGAGACUCACUUAGUUUUGACCAUCUGGGUAUGCUGGACACUCCCCUGUUCACUUUUUCUGUUUGCAUGGGCUGCAUCUGUUCACUGGAUCAUACCUGUCAUCUCCGAAGUUCUCUUCAUAGUGGGCCAGUUCAAUAUUUUCCAGUCAGUCUUUUCCUAUAUGGCCAUGUCUUAUCCCAAAUACAUGGCUUCAGUUUUCGCAGGAAACAAUCUUUGUAGAUCUGUUUUUGCCUGCGUAUUCCCUCUUUUUGGGAGAGCAAUGUAUGACAAUCUGGCAAUCGACGGAUAUCCAGUGGGCUGGGGAUCGUCACUUGUUGGAUUUCUCUGUCUGGCUCUUAGUCUGGUGCCAUUGCUCCUAUAUAGCUAUGGGCCUUAUUUGCGGAGUAGGUCUACGUUCGCUGGGUGA